CGAUGAGCGAAGAGGAUGGCGAUACGACGCAGCGGGAGCGGGAGCGAGGGAAGUAGCGGACGCAUGGUAGGGGCGAGGGCGGGCGACCGCUCAGUUUCGAGCCGCGCGUCUCUCAUAUCGCCCGUCGUCGCUGUCCGCUCCCGCGUGCGCGCCCGCUCCGCGAUGAAAUCCAAAAUAAAAAAAGGCAAGAGGGCCAAAAACAUGGACUUGCUUAUAGCCGCUGUGCAAGCUAGGGAGUGUUUGUGGGACAAAAGCUAUAGAGGGCAUCGGAAUCGGUUUAAAUUGGAGCGUUAUUGGAACGAAGUAGCUGCCGAAGUGGGCACAUCGAGUCUCAAUUGUAGAAAAAGAUGGAAGAAUCUGAAAGACCAAUGCCGGAAAGAGAUGAAAAAGAACUCAACCGAAUCCGAGUGGCCGCACUUCCAGAAGUUAAAGUUCAUCCACCAUCAAUUUUUGGCUGAAAACGAAGAAGGCGAAGAGGAUACGGCAGAUGAAGUUUUCAAUUCGCUGGACGAGUCAAUAAAGAGGCCAAAACUCGGUUACACAAUGAGGAAAAAGUUGCUAAUGAACAAAAGGCGCACUAUAGACGUUGAUAUGCACAAGUUAAUAGAUUUAGUACAAGCGAGAGACAUAAUAUGGAAUAGGCAGUUGAAAGGUCACCAUAAUUGGUACAAAUUGGAUGAAAGUUGGAAGGAGAUCGCCGUAGAAUUGGGAGUAACACGUGACGAAGCUAGACUCAAAUGGAAGUACCUUAGGGACCAAGCGAGAAAAGAGAUCAGAAAGCAAGGCUCCGAAUGGGAAUACCUGCCAAAACUGCAGUUCCUCACAAACCAGUUCAACGACUACGAAGAAACUGAACUGCAAGACCAAGACGUAGACCAGGAUGACCACUUCAGUCAGGAUUUUGAGCCUGAUCAGAGCAGCAGUUACUAUAUAGAGCCAGUUGCUAAUGACGUUAGCGUGAAAGAGGAUGAAUUUGAUGAGUUCGAUACAAAACCGAUUAUAAUGGAGACAGACUUCUAUGAUGAUGAUGAUGAAGCCCAAAAAUCUACUGGCAACGGAGGAUCUAGUGAACCAACUAAAGAUGAAGAUGUAGGUUUCUUCAAUAGCCUUCUUCCACAUGUGAAAAAGUUGGGUCCUGCCAAGAAAUUAAUGUUAAGAAUGAAGAUCCAAGAGCUGGUAUAUAAUACAGUGUACAGUGAAUAGUGAGGUACAUAAUGUAAUUAAUGGUACAUGGCAGUAGGUAAAGGAGGUCCUGGGGCAAAUUAAGGAUGAAUUUCAUCAAAUAAAGAAAUAGUGAAGUCGGUGAAGUUCAUCCUUAACUUAGGAUAUGACGUACUUUCAUGAGGUUUCCUAAAACACAUCUCAGGUCAACUUAGUUUAGAUCGGAUAAUUUAUACAGAUAGUGUAUUUACUAUUAUUAUAUUUUUUUAUGCAACUUAGAAUGGUAAACAAGCUGACGGUCCACCUGAUGGGAAGUGGGAAGUGGUAACCGUCGCCUAUAGACAUGAGCAGUACCAUGCACAUAAUAAAGUAUACUGUUUCGCCAAUGAUACCCGCCAUGCGUUGCCAUCCCUGAGGACUCAGGUGUUAUUCCUCUGUACCUUGUAAAUUCACUGCCAUAUCCCACCCUUCAAACCUAUAAUAGUGGAUAAUGGAUUGAUGAUUAAUAGUAGAGUAAUGUAGUUAAUCAAUCAAUAAAAAAAAAAUACUAUAAGUAAACAUGACAUCACAUUUUUUUGUUACUUGAGUAUUUAAUAGUAUUAAUAAAAAUUAAAUGUUGUUUUAUUAAUAAAGUACAAUAAAGUGUAUUAAUAAAGUACAUCACACACAUCAAGCAUAAUAAUGGUUGGACUGAUUCGAAUAAUUUUUAUUUAAUAUUCUUAAUAAAUAUAUUUCGAUUGAGGGUUUUAAGAGAAAAAAAAAAGAUUGUAAUUAGAACAGGCCAGUAUCUGUGGAGUCAGUAAUCGAAACGUAUUAAAAACACCGGCUGUGAACGAAGUGACAAAUACUCCUGUAAAAUAUAUUGAUCACUGUUUAAAAAGUGUUACUCUAGCUCUCGAUUGGAACCUAGGACCUCACGAUGUCUUUCCCGAUUACAUUUAACCAAAAUGAGUAUAUUUUCACUGGCUGUUUAAUAAUACUCGUCUUUUAGAAAGAAUUCGUAUUACUGAACGUAAAGAAUUUGAUGAUUUUUUUUUAUAAUUUUUACAUUAUACACUUUCAAUCUA